AGUUUUUCUGUCCCUCCCGCGUCCGUUUUCAGGAAAAGGUGAAGGGAAGAAACCGCUUCCUCGCGCUUUUCAUCCCUUCUAUCAAACCCUCUCUCUCUCUCUCUCUCUCAAAUCGCCAUCGAAGAAGAUGAAAUCUUUCAAAGAGGAAUUCUCCUUAGAGGAGCGAACCGAGGAAUCUCGAGAUAUCAUCGCCAAAUAUCCCGAUCGAGUUCCGGUGGUCGUCGAAAGAUACUCAAGGACUGACCUUCCUGAGAUGGAAAAGAAGAAAUACUUGGUCCCCCGGGACAUGUCAGUCGGCCAGUUCAUCCACAUCUUAAGCAACAGGCUUCGUCUUACUCCCGGAAAAGCUCUGUUUGUAUUUGUUAAGAACACCUUACCUCAAACAGCCAGUCUCAUGGAAUCAAUCUAUGACUCUUACAAGGAUGAAGAUGGGUUUCUCUACAUGUGUUACAGCAGUGAGAAAACAUUUGGAUAAACCUAUAUUGAUCAUUGUUUCUGAAAUAUCAUGUAUAUUCUGUAAAACCUGUUGGCCUGUUUAUUCUCCAACAUGGAUGGAUCUUUUCAACUUAAAAAAUGCAUCCUAUGUAGAUACUAAAUUGGAAAAGGCUAUCAGACUCGAUUCAGAUUAUGCUAUUUAGUUUGAUGUGUA